CGCACACGCACACAACAAAACACUUGGAAGAUCAGACCAAACAGACUAAGUCCUGAAAUUCCCCGCAGGCCGCAGGCGCUAACCCGCUGAAUCCGUGAUGAUGAUGAUGAUCUCCAUCACCUGACCCCCGGAAUAAAUCAAACUUCUUUACCGGUCACUUUGUGGUCUUCUUCUUCUAUACUCCUAUAUACAUAAUAUCUGGUGCCGCUGAUUUUCGCACAAGCCGUAGAGUGCAGAAUCGGAUGCAAAUCAUUUUCUAAUUUCUUAUGGAUAGCAACAAUUUCUGGACGGCACCAGGUCCUGCCCUGAGUACAAUCAGCGGUGGAGGAGCAAUACCGGCAGUCACGCACAUUGGUUAUCCGGCGGCUAUGGAUUGGAGGACUCAUCUUCAAGCUGAUUUUCGUCAAAGGGUUCUAAAUAAAAUAUUUGACUCUUUAAUAAGGCAUCUUCCUUUCCAAGGACAAGAAGGAAUGGAAGAGCUAAAGGAAAUUGCUAUUAGGUUCGAAGAAAAGAUAUAUUCUACUGCUACAAGCCAGUCAGAUUAUAUGAGGGAGAUAUCUUUGAAGAUGCUGAGUAUGGAAAAGGAAAACAUGACGUCAAAAUUUCCCAUGGUUAAUACUAUGCAAUCUACAGCUCAAGGCCAGAUGCCUCCAGGUCCUAGUGAGGAUCAAGUAAUCAAUGGAGGAGCAAUGGUCACGAACAUCGCUCCUCAGGCGGUUUUGGAUGCCCAAGAUUGGAAGACUCAACUUCAAGCUGAUUCUCGUGAGAGGAUUAGAAAUAAAAUAUUGUGCACUUUAAUGAGGGAUCUAUCUUUAAGUGGACAAGGAGUAGAAGAGGUUGAUAAAAUUGUUAUGGAAUUCCAGGAAAAGAUGUAUUCUGUUGCAACCAGCCAGUCAGAUUAUCUGAGGAAGAUAUCUCUAAAAUUGCUAAGUGUUACAAAGUCCCAAAUUCCAGGCAAUUAUGGUAAAACUUGUGCGGAUGAAGUUGCCGAAAUUGAGCAGUGAUUAGCUGGCUUAGAAAUAGGACGGAAUUGAACAAGGAAAAUAGGCCGACAAUGAAGCAGAUUAAUUAAUAAAGGCAUAGAUGUUCGAUGAGGGCUCAAUCCAAAUCCAAUAUGCAAUUACUUACCCAGAAAUGGUAUUGCAUUGCUUUUUUUUUCCCCUUAAAUUAGAUGCCCAAACGAGAAUCGAACACUCGAUUUCCUGGUAAUGAUCACCCCACUCAAUCCUCC